CACCCUACCUGUCUGACGAGGACUCCGGGAUGUACCCCAACUCACAGUCGGCCAGACACCCGGCUCAGACUCUGUCACUGAACAGCCAGUACGUUCAGCCCACGUAUGACUUCACCGGUUAUCAUCACGUCCCGGGAAUCGGUGACCCGUCGACAAGUGCCUGGAGCUCCGUCUACGCUCCCCGCGAGGAGUAUCCGUACAGCUUCCCGGGGUCAAGCCCCAGCGCCGGGCAGGUCAGCUUCUCCUCCCCGGAGCUGAGCGGCACGCCCACCGCCGCAGGAGGGGGAUCGUUCACCCCGUACAACUUCAUCUCCGGACAGGACAACUUCAGCUCCAGGAGGAGACCACAUGAACCCAUCAGACCGUCCGUUCCAGGAACGAAGACUCGCACUAAGGACAAGUACAGGGUGGUGUACACUGACCAUCAGCGCCUGGAGCUGGAGAAGGAGUUUCAGUUCAACCGCUACAUCACCAUGAGGAGGAAGACCGAGCUGUCGAUGACACUGAGCCUCUCAGAGAGACAGGUCAAGAUCUGGUUUCAAAAUAGACGUGCCAAAGAGAGGAAGAUAACCCGUAAGAAGCAGCAGCUUUCUCAACAGGCCUCCACCACUACACCCACACCGCCUACACUGGGUGGACCCGCCGACCCCCACAUCCCCACCAGCCCCAGCAGCAACAUCAUGUCGGAUACAAUAUCAGAGGAAUACUAGGGGGAUUUCACAUGGAAGACUGAUACAGCGUGAAAUAUGUACAUAACGUUAUUUUGUUUUUAUAAGUGUACCACAGAAUGAAUGAAGGUAAUUCACAUCAACAUGAUGUCUUUAAUGCUGCACCUUCUGCCUUUUACAAUGACAAGCACUACAUGUCUGUUGCACUGAUCAUCGCUAGAGCAGCAGUUUGCCAAUUAUAGGACUUCACUGUGUUAAUAUGGAACAUUUUCAUAAAGAGACUGAUUAUGAGGGGAAAAAAACUUUUCAGUAUCUUCUUUCUUUAUUACAAACAGGGUGUUGUGUGAAUUUGUCUGAAUCUUGCUCAAUAAAAGCGACUGCAUAGAUGUUUGGAGUAUCUGCCUUAUGAAUAUGAAAAUAAGUCCCACUCUAACCUCAAAUGCAUGAGGAAACUUCUCAAAAAACACACUUGAGCAUAAAAAUGUACAAAUGCAAAUUCUGCCGAAAUAUUA